AGCAUUGCUAGUCGCAGGGAAAACAAAGUCGGGAAGGAUGUGUUAGGGUUUCCAAUUCCGAUUCUUCACCUGCAAAUUGUGACGAAGAAGAAGAAAGAUGUGGCACGAAGCAAGGAGAUCGGAGAAGAAAGUGCAUGAUAUGAUGGACGCAGCUCGUAAGAGAGCUCAGAGACGUGCCAUCUUUCUCGCUAAACGCCGUGGCGACCCUCAGCAAUCCAUUCAAGCCAUUGGCUCUCGAUGUCGUAUCUACCGCGACGACGCCCUUUAUCAAGCCACUGAGGAUCAGCAGGGCCUGAUACCUUGGAAUGGGAAACAGGACAUUCUGAUUGACAGAUUUGAUGGUCGUGCUCUUCUUGAUUUUAUACGAGAUUCUAGUUCCCGACAUCGUCGGGCCCCAGAAAGAACAGAGGAAGAGGAAGAACUAGAAGAGUUUGUUAGUUUUCAGCGUUAUCGGGAUUUAAUUAAGCAUCGGCGUAGAGGAUUUAAGGACGAAGAAGGUCUGCAACAUGUUAAUCAGGAGAUGGAGGCUAAGACCACUGCUCCCCUUGGCUCUGACAGACCUCAACUUUCUCUGCCUUCAGCAAGCAAGGGGUCGUAUUCCCAAGUGGGUUUCUCAUAUGACGGAGAGGGGAAAGACGAGCCUCACUUUUCAGAUGGCGAAGAAGAUGGUGAUGAUGAUGAGGAUGAUGAUGAGGAAGAAGAUUUUAACAGUGAUGAUAGCAACGACCAAGUGAUGGAGUCAAUUGCCAAAGAUUAUGGAGUGAAAAGGUAUGGAUGGCUUGUCUACAUGGACAAAAAGGCAAAGGAGGAAGAAAGGAGGCAAAGAGAAGUAAUCAAGGGAGAUCCUGCAAUAAGGAAGCUGAGUCGCAAAGAGAGAAGGAAGGCUUCUCAGUUAGAAAGGGAGAGGGAAAGAGAAGCAGCCCGCAUUACCGGGAACAGAGUUCUCCAUCAUGAUCCCUAUCGCGAGUCUCGACGGAGUCCGACAUACGAAGCUUAUUCACGUUCCAGAAGAUCGAGGUCAAGGUCUCUCUCAUACUCGCCUCCUCAUUCAAGACGCUAUGAACGUGGAGGAAAAUCUGAUGAUAUUUACCAAGGCAAGGAGAGAGCUCCGAAGAUAGAGUAUAUCACUGAAUUUGGUGGCGCAGACGAUGAGAAUGAGCCUAAAUUUGGAGGAUAUUCUCCACCACCGUCUCCUCCGACUCGAACUGAUCCAUUAAACCGGCCAUCAGCUGGUCGUAUUCUUGAGGCCCUUCAUGUAGAUCCUGCAUCUGGGGUAUCUGUUGAGAAAGAUAAGAGUACCCAAAUAUUGAAAAUACCAGCAAGUGCAUCCUCAGCAUUAUCAAAGUUAAACAAGACAACUAGCAGUUCAAGCCUCUCUAAACAGCAGGGUGAAAAGAAGGAAACACCUCAGGAGCGACUUAAGCGGAUAAUGAGCAAACAAUUGAACAAACAAAUCAAGAAAGAUACAGCUGUUGAGAUGGCCAAGAAAAGAGAACAAGAGAAACAGAGGCUUGAAAAGCUUGCAGAAACUAGCCGAGUAAGUCGGUAUCGUCGCCGAAGCCGUAGCAGAAGUUACAGUCGUUCCCCUCGAAGGCACCGACUUAGCCGGAGUCCUAUCCGCGAAAGGAGUGCUCGCAGAUAUCAUUCACGUUCAAGGUCUCGCUCUCGGUCGCGGACUCGCUCUCAUUCACGCUCACAUUCACCGUCGCGUUCUUACUCUAGUUCACACUCGGUUUCUCGUUCCAUUUCCCGGUCUCGUUCACCUCGGAUUAGAAGGCGAACUAGACACUGAUACUUCAGGUAUAUGACUGGAUGCAUAAACGUGCGCUAGCUGAUCGAUAGUCGGCUGUGCGCGAUAUAGAUUACUGAUAUAUUAGACUGGUAACCUUAUGCCGAAGCUGAAUUUGGCUGAUGGUGGAAACUUAUAUUCCCGUGUUGUGUUUAUUUCUUUGGUUUCUUCUGAACUUUUAGAGGGUACUUGUGUGAAAGUAAAUGGUUUCAGCUUCUUUGAAGACAAAAGUACAACAUUUUGUACGUGUGUUAAGAAAUCUUCUAAAUAUGUACAAAUACUAAAUUUCGGAAAAAGUAACUCAAUUGGUUAAGUGGGUUCUAUGGCAUUCUAAA